AUGUCGCCACAUUACCCGUGCUGUGUUCUGUUGUUUGUCGGCCUGCUGCAGCUCCAGCUUAGAGGCAUUGCUGGCAGUGACAAUGACUUCUCCCACGUUGGCUCCGCGGAGCUGCAGCAGUUCAAGCAGUGUGUCCGUGGCGCCAGUGGCCAGCGGCCAAGACUGAGCGAGUGCCUGGGCCGUUCAGCCCUCAACUUCAUACAGCGUGUAGAGGACAGUGAUAAUGUGAGUUUUGUGGACGAUUUUGUGACGGUGAAGAGUGACUCUGUGGCAGCGGCGGGCAGAUCGCUGGCCAAUGUGCUGGACACCGAUCCGGUUGACUUCCGAGGGAUACUCGAGAACGCCGGCGCCGUCAUGGGACAGCGCAGUCUCGAGUGGCACAUGGACGGCCUCUAUCCCGGACUGAUGUUCAAGAUCGGACCCACCACAGAUGCCAACAGUGUGGCUGAGUUUGUUCUGGACGGUGCAGGGGUGCAGGGGGAGCGACAGUUUGGCUACGAAGAGCCGUCCACCGGUCGUCUGUUGGCCAAGCAAUAUCUUUUGCCCUUUCUGCUGGGCCUGAAGUUCAAUCUGGUGGCUCUGGUGCCCCUGCUAUUUGCUGCCAUCUGCUUGCUGCUCAAGAAAUCUCUGUUCCUAGUCAAGCUGGCGGUAUAUGUCAGCAGCUUCCUGGGCCUGGGCGGAGUCGUCAGCUCGUUGGGCGGCUUGGGCGGAUUGGGUGGCUUGGGUGGCGGUCUUGGCGGCUUCAGCAGCUUUGGGGGUGGCUCCAACUUUGGCUUCCAGGGCCAUCGACCUAUUGGCCACUUUCCCGGCAAGACCACAGUCUUUGGCCAUGGCGACGAGCUCCACCAUCAGCAGCACCAGCAGCAGCAGCACUACGAUGUGCAUGAGACCUCACCAUACCGUCGCAGCGAGCGUAAAGUACGCUUCGAGCAGCCCCGCGCCGCAGAGACAUCAUCUGCUGCCCCCACGCCUCAUUCACCCACCGACGAUCGCUUCUAUGACUUUGAACAGCAGCGCAGGCCGAGCAGCAAGCUUCUGGCGGCCAGUGCAGAGCAAAAGGCAGCCGUCGCGGCGGACACCUUGAUGAGAAACUUCCACAGCGCCAGCGUAUCCGCAGGAAUGCAGGGCUGGCAGGCCGUGGACGUGCGAUCGCUGUAG